UUUGUUUGUGCUUAUGUGAUCCUACACUACAGUUCCCAGAGUUGAUCUCGUCAUUCUUUUCACGAUUUUCAUUGCCAUCUAUGGGGAGUCCACGUGCAGCACCAGCAAGGAAUGUUGUCAGGAAUGUACCUUCCUAUCCAACUCACCAAAUGGAGAGAAACUACCCUGCUCCAAUGCAAUCUGCAGUAGAACCAUCAGAGGACUCAAUCACUACCCUCGUUUCUAUGGGCUUUGACAGGAAUUCUGCCAGACAAGCCCUGGUGCAGGCCAGAAAUGAUGUCAAUGUGGCCACCAACAUCCUACUGGAGGCACAGUCUCACUAAUUCCAUAAAUGUUCUGCGAACACGAGAGCCAGAUUGUUCUGAAUUGAUAUAGAUGGAAUCCCAAUCAUGAAGGAUUGGAAAUUCACUAAUCAUGAUGUGAGGAUGUUUGUGAACUUGAGGCAUUCCUAGUACCAUCCUCAAGGAUAUUCCUCCUUUCUUAGGAUCAUUUUUCCCACCUUAACUUUAAUCUUUAGAUAUCCAUUUUGAGUACUGGCAUUGAUAGACGAAUGAGUUAGGAUCCUGUACAAAUUACUUGCAACAUAUGGAAAUUAUGCAUAUUUUCAUGAAAUGUGAAUCAGAUAACUGUAGUUGAAGGUUCUUCUAUGCAGUUUGCUUGAAGCUCAUGGAGCUCAGUUUCAUGCU